CCCCUGAAGGUACAGAGGUGAUGGCCCACACUGGAUUUGACGCUUUGGCCCCCUGUAGUGACAAUGCAGAUAGAAGCACAGGUUCUGGAGUCUGUAAAACUGAAGAGGUAGAUGCCGAGCAGAUUUAUGGAGAUUUUAAGGAUGAAAACACUAAGAUGGACAUUAUGAGAGGUUCAGAUGAUUGUAUGAAGCAGGAGUCCAUCAGUAUUAAGAAGGAGGAGGAGCUCAGCAUUAAAGUGGAGGUCACAGAAAUGGAGCUCUCUUCUGCCAUUAAAAUGCAGAUGUCUCCUUUGCCGUGUACAGAUGAAGAUUUAUCAGCUGACCAGGUUAAGGAAAGUCAUCUCGUGUUGAAUGUGGAGGUCGGCCAGACAUCAUCUCGGCAAGAGUGUGGGACUGGAGAGGAGUCUAUGAAUGAGGACACUUUAGGAGUUGACUUAAAAGAGAAAGCAAGUGAGGAGCAGGCUGUAGAGGAUCAGCACACCUCUGAGGAAAAUCCAAUCCAACAGAGGAGCCCCACAGGAAAAAAACUGAAUCAGUGUGCUGAAUGUGGGAAGACGUUGACCAAGGCAUCAUCGUCCCUCAAAGUGCACCAAUGCAUUCACACAGGAGACAAAACAUACGAGUGUCCCGAGUCUGGGAGGACAUUCAGGAGGUCACUGCAGCUUAAAGCUCAGGAGGGAAUUCACACCGGAGAUGAACGGCAUCUGGAUUCAGACCACGCAAUUCCUGAAGGCUCUUCUCGGGAUGCAGAAAGAACAUCUCAUUUUGGAAUCGGGCCGGAGACUGAGGUGGAACAAAAAGCUGCAGAUUUGGACUUUUCCAAAACUGUACCACCAGGUGAUGAUCAAAAUUCAAGUUACAUUAAGCAAGAAGAUAUCCCGGAUUUGACCUCUGGGGUUUCAGACAAUGGAGGGAAACAAGAAUCCACCAGCAUUAAGGAGGAGGAGUUCAUCGGUGUUAAAGAGGAGGCCUCUGAAGUGGAACUCUCUUCUACUGUUAAAAAAGAACUGCCUACUCCAGUAUCCUCAUCAGACCAGUCCUCGGACUCAAUUAUAACCGAUCAUAAAAUACACCAGAAUAUUCCAAAAGAAGAAAAGACGCACCAGUGCACUGGAUGUGGAAAGAGUUUUAUAUUGGAUCCAAGCCAUAAAUUGCAAGUGGGAAAUGAAACGGAAGAAAUGGCGUAUCAAUGUACUGAUUGCGAAAUGGCUUACAAUCAGCGUGUACAAGUGACACAUCAUCCGGAUACUCACACGUGGGACAAACCUUUCCAGUGCAAGGAAUGUGGAAAGAGUUUCCGACUGAGCGCAUUACUUAGAAUUCACGAGAGAAUUCAUACUGGAGAGAAGCCUUACCAAUGCAAUGAAUGUGGGAAGAGUUUCACACAGAGUACAAGCUUUAGUCGUCACAUGAAAAUUCACAAAGAGGAACAGUCGUGCCAGUGUGAUCUGUGUGGGAAGACUUUCAGCCAGCAAAGAUACCUCACAUAUCAUCAGAGAACUCACUCGGGAGAGAAACCGUACCAAUGUAGUGAAUGUGGCAAGAGUUUCAAACACAACGCUAGCCUUAGAAUUCACGUGAGAAUUCACACGGGGGAAGAGCCAUUCAAGUGCGAUGUGUGCGAGAAGACUUUCAGCCAUCGAAAAUAUCUCACACAUCAUCAGAGAACUCACACGGGAGAGAAUCCUCACCAAUGUAACGAAUGUGGAAAGAGCUUCUUGCUGGGUGCGGGACUGAGGAAUCACCAGAGAACUCACACUGGAGAGAAGCCGUACCAAUGUAAAGAAUGUGGGAAGAGUUUCAAACAGAAGGCAAACUGCAGAAUUCAUAUGAGAAUUCACACGGGGGAAAAACCUUACCAGUGCACUGAAUGUGGGAAGAGUUUCAUGUGGCAUGCCCACUUUCGACUUCAUUUGAGAUACCACACAGGUGAAAAGGCGUACCAGUGCAGUGAUUGUGGGAAGAGUUUCACACACAGGUCAAAUCUUAACCAGCACCGGAACAUUCACAGAGGAUUGAAACCUUACCAGUGCGGUGAAUGCGGAAAGGCUUUUACACACCGAACAAACCUUGUCCAGCACCAGGAAGGUCACACAGGAGAAAAACCUUACCAGUGUAACGAGUGUGGAAAGAGCUUCAAGAGGAGAACGAGCCUCAAAGAACACUCGACUUUUCACACGGGCCAAAAACUUAUUCGCACUGGAGAAAAACUUUUAGAAUGCAACGAGUGCGGAAAGCAUUUUGCACACCAGGAGAAUCUGACCCGUCACCGUAAAGUUCACCAACGAGGAAGGCCUUACCAGUGUAAUGAAUGUGAGAAGACUUUUAAGCAACGCGGACACCUUUUGGUUCAUCAGAGGUGUCACACUGGUGAGAAGCCUUACCAAUGUGCCGAAUGCGGAAAGAGUUUCACACAGCGUAUAAACCUUGUAAACCACCAGAGGAUUCACUCGGAUGAAAAGCCUUUCCAGUGUACCGAGUGUGAGAAGAGUUUUAAGCAAGUUUCGGGCCUCCGAGAGCACCAGAAAAUCCAUGCAAAAAAGAAACGGUACCAGUGUGAUGAAUGUGAGGAGUCAUUCAGCCGAAUUGCACACUUUAGACGCCAUCAGAAAACUCACAAGUCGUGAGGGUCGAUCCCGUCAAGGCAGAGCACAAAACAACGUAAAUGGAGACGUCCAUCUCAAACAGGAGACUAACUUGCGUGUUGAUUUCAGGAGGACCUUUAGCCAAACUACACUCAAAACAAUUAUUCUUUAGAUUAUCUCAAUUCAAUUAUGUGUCAAAUGUCCACGUAAUUGAUUUGAAUAAUUUCAAAGAAAUUAACAUUGUAAUUUAAAGAUGAUUUAAUUUAGUUAAUAUAAGGCCAUCCAUAUUUGUUACUCAAAUCCCAAAGAAUUAAACUGGAUUGAUUAUAUUUAGUGUUGUUAUUCCAAACUGUUUAAAUUGUAUCGAUCAAACUCAAAUAAAAUAUUUUAACUUAAACCAAUCACUACAUGUUAAUUCAACAUGUUUAGUUUAUGGUCAUUUUACACUUUCUAAUUAUGUGACAAAUUUCCAUCCAAUUAUAUCAUGUCUUUCCAACUAAAUAAAAUUAAUUAACACACACACACACAAGAAUAACUCAAUUAUAUAAAGUAUCCAUCCAUCCAUCCAUCCAUCCAGACUCACCGACCCAACUCAUCUAUCAGUUUUCAUUUAAUUUGAAAAAUUAAAGUGCCACGAGCUUAUCAGCUGCUUAUUUGCUGUUUUCUUCCACUUUAUCAAAAAUAUGUAAAUAAAAAUAUAUAAAAUAAAAGAUUUAGGGGCUAAGACUGAAAGACCACUCAAUUACAUAUUCAGAAUAAACAGUUCUACUGUACAUUUAGUUUCAUUGAACAGCGUAUUUUUACUAUUAGUCUGAUGAACAAUGCUUGAAAACAUAAAAGAAUUCCUAAAUAUGUCCUUAAACAGAUGUCAAUAUUUUUUUUGCAUAAAUCGCUACUUAUCAUGUCUCAAUAACAGAACUUUACUUAUGGUUUAGUUUUGGAAUAACUUCUGCAAUUCUGUUAUAAAGUGUAAAUAAUGUAAAAACAGACAGAGGCUAACAUUUUGAUUGUUUAAGGUGCAGUGAAUACAAGUUUAGUACAAUCUUUAAAUAAUCUCAAUGAAUAUUUGAUUUUCAAUAUGUUAACAUUUGUUUACACAAAGUACAAUUACAAAUUCUUACAAGCAUUUUAAGCUUUCAGUAUGUCUAAUAAGCAGGCCAGUAAAAUAAACAUUUUUUCUUGAGUCCUUAAAGGAGGUGAGGACUUGAGCUAAAGCACCGAAUCUUAUUGAAGUGCUUGGACUCUCAAAGUCUUAAAAGAGAACUUUAAUAUUGUGGGCUUCACUUUAGAAACUUGGUGUCCAGUUUCACCAAGGAGAAAAUACUUAAGGAUUACACCAAAAAAUCGAAACUGAACAGGAGGUGACUUUUACCAAUGUACUGUAUGUAAAAAGGUGGGUGGUGCUGGUACCUUUAGCACAAAUAUGGGCCGGGACCUCCAAAGGAUGCAUUGUGGUACUAAAUGAAUCUGAAAUAAAGGGUAUUUCUUUCCCUCA